CGCGCCCUUGUUCCGAUCGUCAUUGAGAGACGGUAGGAAUCGUAUCGAGUGGUCGGUCGCUGCUACUAGUCAUUCUCGUGAAACGCUCGUUCCGCAUCAGCAUGCACGCAACCGGUUUUGACAUUUCGGACAUAGAGAGACAGCGCCGGGCGCAGUUCGUCGACUUGCAGAAGCACUUCGCACGCUGAACGUGAACCUUGUCGUCUUCACCAUCCGAUAUCUGCCAUGACCCAGCUGCUCGUCUUGGCUGUCUCUCUGGGUGCCCUCCGUCUUCUGUGGCUUCUCAUCAGGAAUUAUAUCGUGCGUACUCCAGUCGACAGGAUUCCGGGUCCCCCAUCUGGAUCGGUCUUCUCAGGCAAUGUGGAGCAGCUCUUGGCUCGCGACAAUGCGGAAUGGCUCACGGGGUUUCUCGAUAGUUACGGCCCGGUUGCGAAGAUCAAUGGCUUCUUUGGGGCUCGGUGGUUACACGUGUACGAUCCUAAGGCUCUUCAUUCAAUAUAUGUCAAGGACCAGGAGAGUUACAGCAGAGGCCCCCGAACCAUCCUUACAAACACAUUGCUAUUUGGGCCAGGCCUUUUGUCCACCUUCGGACAGAAACAUAGGAAACAGCGUAAAUCGCUCAAUCCUGCGUUCUCCGCGGCUCAUAUACGCGGAUUGGCACCGAUCUUCUACCGCAUCACUGGAAAGCUGAAGGUCGGUCUUGAGGCCCGCGUCAUCAAUGGCUUGCAGGAAAUCGACAUUCUUGCCUGGAUGGGUCGCACUGCACUGGAGCUGGUCGGACAGGGUAUGAUGGGAUACUCUUUUGAUCCACUGGUUGAAGAAGUGCACAACGACUUCGCUGAAGCCGUCAAAGCAUUCGUACCGACCUUCGCUGAGGUUCAGUGGGCAAGAGCACUGGUACCGGUCACAGUGAAGCUUGGUCCCGCAUCGUUCCGCCGUUUCAUGCUCGAUCGCUUGCCUAUCAAAUCUAUCCAGCGUAUGAAGACAAUCAGCGAUGUGAUGCACGAGCGUUCAAGGCAGAUCUAUAACGAGAAGAAGGCAGCCAUCGAACACGGAGACAGAGAUGUUGUCCACGCUGUCGGAGAAGGGAAGGACAUGCUUAGUAUCUUAUUGAAGGAAAACAUGAAAGCCGCCGACGAAGAUAGGCUUCCCGAUGACGAGCUGUUAGCGCAAUUAAACACUUUCAUCUUUGCCGGUGUUGACACUACGUCGAACGCGGUAUCGCGCAUACUGCAUCUUCUAUGUCAGCAUCAGGACGUGCAGGACAAUCUCCGCGCAGAGUUACGUGCAGCAAUCGAGCAUUACGGUGCUGAAAUCCCGUAUGACGAACUAACAGCAUUGCCGUACCUCGACGCGGUCUGCCGGGAGACGUUGCGUCUCUUCGCCCCAGUAAACAUCUCAAUCAGACAAGCGUGGCGCGAUACGAUGCUCCCGCUACUCGAGCCAAUCCAUGCUAUCGAUGGGACGAUAAUGACGGAGGUCCCAGUGCCGAAGGGCACGACCGUGAUCGCGAACCUGCCCGCUUGUAAUACCAACAAAGCUAUAUGGGGCGAGGACGGAUGCAAGUGGAAGCCUGAACGAUGGCUGCAGCCGCUGCCUCGGUCCGUCGAGGAGGCUCAUAUCCCUGGGAUAUAUGCUAACACGAUGACUUUCCUCGCGGGAGGAUAUGCUUGCAUCGGUUUCAAGUUCUCACAGCUCGAGAUGAAAAGUGUUCUGUCCAUGCUCGUCGAUAAUUUCAAGUUCGAGCUUCCGGAAAAGCCGAUCACAUGGAACUUCGCCGGUAUCAACUAUCCGUCGAUGGGUUACACAAGCCCCAAGCCGGAAAUGGUCCUCAAAGUUAGUUUUGCCGUCCGGUAAUCGUAGUGCCGCUGCGGAGGGUCACUCGUAAUCCAAUGCUUGCAGUUUAUCU